AUGCUGAAGACGGCUGACCGAUCGUCUCUCCAGUCUCUCGAGAACCAGCUGAGAGCCCUUUUUGACUUGUCCGACUUGAAUGCUGUGGUCAGGCUCGAAAUUGUUCGCCCCAACGAAUGCCUACUUCGGCCAUUCUCUAUUUGCCAAGCCCGAACUCCUGAUGAAUGUGCUCCUCUUCCAAAUUUUGCUGGCCAUCGCCAUCUUCCAUGUCGUCGACCCGUGUCUCCGCAUGCAGUCCUCAUCCACUCCGGCGACCACUACAACCACGACCACCACAAAGUCUCCUACGACCACGACAACAAGCACCACAACGACGACCUCUACAACAACCACGACUACGACGAGUACGACAACUACGACGACAACGACUACUACUACGACUACCACUACAACGACAACAACGACGACAACGACAACAACAACGACCACUACGACGACUACAACGACUACAACUACGACUACGACCACCACGACGACCACGACAACGACUACAACUACGUCUACGACGACUACAACAACAACAACAACGACAACAACUACAACUACGACUACUACUACGACUACGACGACAACGACAACGACGACGACUACUACCACUACCACAACGACGACUACGACGACUACGACCACAACCACUACUACUACCACAACGACUACUACCACCACAACGACCACGACCACCACAACGACUACAACUACGACUACGACGACCACCACGACUACUACUACUACAACAACAACUACCACCACGACUACUACGACUACCACUACGACUACCACUACUACGACGACGACCACCACCACCACAACCACGACAACUACGACAACGACCACGACCACGACCACUACGACGACAACGACGACAACUACUACAACGACGACAACUACUACAACGACGACAACUACUACAACGACGACGACUACGACUACAACGACCACGACUACAACAACAACAACGACCACGACGACGACAACAACGACGACAACAACAACAACAACGACAACGACUACGAACAUCCUACAUUUUCUAGGACAACCACCACCACAACGACCACCACGACCACUACGACAACAACCACCACUACAACAACAACCACCACAACAACCACCACAACUACUACAGUAUUAACGGGCUGCACCUCUUGCGCGCAGGACUUGAUGAUAACGCCGGAUGACGAGUUGCCGGGUGCGAUACCGGGAACUGGUGUAUUUACGUACAGCACCGUCAACGGGUGUUCACAAGCGCAGCUGGUGUGCACGGCCGAGGGAUUCGUGCUGGCGGAGGCGAAUAUUGUAAGCAUC